CGACAAACCAGUUCAGUGAGUGCCCGGCUGCCGCGCGCAACGGUCGACCCACGGAGGGAAGCGCUGCGUCGCGUUGUGUUACGAAAAAACAUCUUUUGUACCAAAACCAAACCAGUGCUGUGGAUUCCCAUCAGUGUUGUGAAUAAGAUUGUGCCAUUUCAUGUUGUGAUGUUCUCUGCACGAGUUGUUCUAGUGGAUUUCUGUUGAAAAGUGUGGGACGGGUCUCUGCCUGCCGCCGGACGCCUUUUCUCUCGGAUCUCGGGAUAUCAUUAAGAUGCGAGCAGAAGAUGACGCGGCGAUUUGACCAAAACACACACAAGAACUAGCGAAACUUCACACCAUGACGGUCCAAGGGGGAGAGACCAGGGAGCCUUUAGAAAAUUCAAUAUCAGACGAAAGAAGAAGUCUGCAAGACCUCAAAUCACUUCUAGAAGACCGAGGAGGCACGACCAUUCGAUGUUCUAGCAAUAGUAGUCCUUAUGAGGUUAAUAAUAAGAUUAGUAGUAAUAGUUGGAGGUGUAACGUGGGCCGAUGGUGCUUUAGGUUAAAAACUAUAGUGUUCUUGUUAUAUGUGACUGUGUUUGUGGAAAGUCUGCUGUCUGCUGAAGCCAGGAGUUCAGAACCAAGAUACGAAACGGCGUACGCAUGUGAAGGGAAGACCCUCAAGAUCGGCUGCAGCGAGGGUUCCGUCAUCCACCUCAUCAGGGCGAACUAUGGAAGGUUCUCGAUCACGAUCUGCAACGACCAUGGGAACAUCGACUGGAGUGUCAACUGCAUGUCCACCAGGAGUUUGCGGGUUUUACAUAGCAGAUGUAGCAUGCACCAAAACUGCAGUAUAUUGGCCAGUACGAACGUCUUCGGGGAUCCUUGUCCAAACACGUUGAAAUAUUUAGAAGCGCACUACCAAUGUGUACCAGCCUCAACAACAAGCACAACCAACCGCCCAUCACCACCCUGGCUGAUCACCUCCCAGCCGACAGUCUGGCGGUCUACCGCUGCUCCAGUGCCGAAGAACCCGGUCCAGGUCCAGCAGGGGGAGAGGAAGAAGCCCACUGUCAUCACACCGCCGACUUUUAGGCCGCAUAUCACUCUGCCGCCAGAGGUGAAGCUGGGAGAUCUUGGGACUAAGAAGACGACCACCCGCCAACCGGACUCCUCGUCAGAAAGGGAUCCACCCCAAGCCCCUCGGGAGACGGUGCCGGACGUGAAGGAGGAACCAAAGGCAGCGGAGACUGACAACCCUAGAAACGACAAGCCGAACAAAGAAGAUGAGAAUGUGGUGACAGAAGAGACAAUGCAGUGGCCAGUCAAGGACGAAGACUCGGACUCGUCGCCGCCAGUACAAGAACCGCCGAAGGAAAGCAGACCUGAAGACACUGAUGAUGACUUCGACAAGGCUUUCUCCACCAACCCAACACCUUUAGGGAGGCGGGCGUAUUGUCCCCAAGUCACAGCCAGGGGCCUGGAGUGGAACUGGACCCUGGCUGGUUCAUACGCGCUCCAGCCGUGCCCCGGCGGCGCUACGGGCCUUGCCCGGUGGAAGUGCACCCUAACUCCCCACCACUUCACGGAGGAAGACAAGCGGACGCCCAGGAGACGAGGUCCAGGACUGCAGUCUGGGGAGAACUACCACGACCUGGGAUUAGACCAGCCGAUGGGACAGGCCUUGGAUAGACAGCUCCAGCUGAUCAGGAGACUGGGGUCGGAAGCUUUGUUGAAAGGCCGCGAUGGAGAUAUUCCAGAGCACCUCAUAGACUACCGAGGAGGCGCCAGCCUGCCCGACGCUCAGGCCUCCAGCCAGCACCCUUCCACUGUGUCCGACUUCGCUUAUCCCGACGCCAUACCAGAAUGGUUCGGGUCCACUCCAGACCUCAGCGAGUGUCGCUCAGUCUGGCUCAACAGUUUGGAAGCGAGGGUCAGAGAGGGAGAGUCACUGCUCAGCAUCAGCAAUGAUCUGGCUCAGGUGACCUCCUCGAAGACCCUAUACGGCGGCGACAUGAUGACCACCACCACCAUAAUGAAGAAGCUGGCCCAGCGCAUGUCCCAUAACGUCCAGACCUUCCCAGACCCACGGCAGAGAGAAGCCAUCGUCACGGAUAUGCUGCUUGGGGUUAUUAAGACUGGAUCAAAUCUUCUAGAAGAAAGCCAGCGCGCCUCCUGGGCAGACCUCAGUGCGGAUGCUCAGAACCGAGCAGCCAGCGCUCUCCUCACUCAACUGGAAGAAAACGCCUUCUUACUGGCAGACGCUGUGACCAAAGAGAAAACCAUCUUGCAAGUCGUUAAGAAUAUCUGUCUGUCAGUAAGGGUGUUGGAAGUGAAGAAUGUUGAGGACGAAACCUUUCCAUCUCUCAUCACGCAGGACCAGUGGAAAGCUUCGGAAGACACCAUCACCAUACCCAAAGCUGCUUUACUUGACAACCGCCAAAACGACCUAGUCCGCAUCGUGUUCUUCGCGUUCGACCGCCUAGAACAGAUCCUGCCGCCGACUUUCAUCAAGAACCCGCAGUAUGCUGCCUUCAUGUCGGAGUCUUCCACCAGCAUCAACUCUGAGAAAAAGAACGUUACGAGGCUCUUGAAUUCUAAGGUGAUAUCGGCCAGCCUCGGCAACGGGCGGCACAUCCAGCUCUCUCAAAUGGUACACCUGACGAUGAAGCAUCUCAAGACCGAGAACGUCUCCAACCCAGCCUGCGUCUUCUGGGAUUACACUUUGCAUGGCUGGUCAUCCGAAGGUUGCUCCGUAGAAUGGUCCAACUCGACCCACACCGGCUGCGCCUGCUCCCACCUGACCAACUUCGCCAUCUUGAUGGACGUGCACGGAGUCAGUUUGAGCGACAAGCACGAGAUGGCGCUACGUUUGCUGACGUUUAUUGGCUGCGCGAUAUCCGCUGUGGCGCUGUGCGCGGCCAUUAUUGUGUUCCAUUGCUUCAGGAAUAUGAAGUCCGACCGAGUCCUCAUCCACAAGAACCUCUGUGCCUGCCUUCUCAUAGCUGAAGUGGUGUUCAUGUGGGGCAUAGACCAGACAGAGAGCCGGGUCCUUUGCGGGGUCAUCGCGGGGACUCUGCACUACUUCUUCUUGGCAGCAUUUGCUUGGAUGUUUCUAGAAGGUUUCCACCUCUACGCGAUGCUAGUGGAAGUAUUCGAGCCGGAGCGGCCUCGCGCCCGCUGGUACUGCGCGUGCGCAUACCUGGCGCCGGCGCUGGUGGUGCUAGCGUCGGCAGCCGCCUUCCCCGGAGGCUACGGCACCGCCAGGCACUGCUGGCUGUCCACCGACAGGAUGUUUGUGAUGAGCUUCGUGGGACCGGUGGCUUUGGUGCUAGUGGCCAACUGGAUCUGCCUCAGCAUGGUGAUCUACAUGAUGUGCCAUCACUCUACUGUCUCUAUCAAGGCUAAAGAGAACUCUAAGCUUUAUAAAAUAAGGGUGUGGCUGAACAGUUCGCUAGUCCUGGCCUUCCUGCUGGGCCUGACGUGGACCUUCGGGCUGCUGUACCUCAACGAGCAGACGGUGGGCGUGGCCUACGCCUUCACCAUCCUCAACUCGCUGCAGGGACUCUUCAUCUUCAUCUUCCACUGUCUGCAGAAUGAGAUUUUCCAAAAAGAGUGCGCGCGUCUCGGCCACCGCCACCGCUGGCUGUCCUGCUGUCUUUACUUCACGGCGCCUCCACCAACGCCCCACGCGGCCACGGCCUCUGCCUCCAACCAUGUAGACACGAGGCAGGGCUCCGUGAAGAGCAGACGGUACCACCAGAACGCGUCGGCUGAGGCUGAGGACGUGGUCGACCCCAGAGAUGUGACGAGCUACAACAUACACCCGGAGGCAGCGAGGUGGAAUGUUCGCCCGACCGCGCCUAUAUACGUACCGAACGAAGAGCGAUCGAACCGUGUGCCUACGCCACAGAACAUACCGCAUAGCUCGUCUCACACGCAAAGCAUCGCUUCGAUGCAUAGCUACAGAAAUAAUAUCGAAGUGCCCAACGAUUAUCAGAACCUCCGCUCGCGGUCGCCAUCUUGUUUCUCCAACAAGAUGGCGGCGUCGAUUGGCGCGAACGACUGGACGCUAGUGGCGAACGGUGGCGGGAUUUGGAAGAACACUUCUUCUAAACACCACCCGGGCAACACCGCGACUUUGCCCCACCACGACACACUAUCUCGCCAGAUGGCGCAGCAGAACCACAUCCACAGUCCGUACAACGAGUGCGACCUCCCUCUCGCCCCUGGCUCCCCUCGCCACGUCAUGAAGGACGAGGAAAGCCCCCUCCAUCAACAAGGGUACCACACCACACGCAGCUACAACCACGACUUCCGCAACCCACACGUCUACAUGUCCCAACACUCCCCCGGCAGCCAAGAGAUGAUAUUUCGCAAGCACUACAAAGAAGACGGCAGGCGCAAGCAUCACCACCACCACGGCAGCCAGAACGUCAACCACACUUACUCGGAAAUUGGGUCCCAACCAGGUCGCAUGUACCGACGUGGAUCAGAGCAGGAGUUCCGAGUGAUACAAGACGAUCCGGUGUACGAAGAAAUCGAAAGGAACGAGACGCUGAUGUCUGAUAUGUCAGACGACAACUCCGGGCCAGACAAUUGCAGACAGACCCAGCACCACGGGUCAUCAGGCUCCAAGUUCUUUGGGGACCAUCGCCCCUUGAUCUCGUACAGUCCAGGGGAGAGGCAUCACCAUGAGGAGCAUUAUGGGAAGUACGGGAAAUGGGAUACGCUCGAGCGCUAUGAUACGAGGCACUACGAGAGUGGCAGGCUGAUGCACCCUUACCACCAGCCUCAAGAAAACAACAUGAGGGCUCUAGCAGCCGUUCUCAAUGGAGAAAACAACGUAGUAUGUCAUUUGGAGCCACACAACUCGUACGACGUGUACCAACCGCAGAGUGGCAACCCCCGAACUGUUUCACAGCCCAGUUUUUAAUCCAGUGAUCGGAGUGAAUUGAAGAAUGUGAUUUAGAGCCGCGUGCUCGUUUUGUAUUAAUGUCAGUGUUAGUGACUUGUAAAGGAACAGUGUACAGUAUAGCGAAUGAAUUUUUCUAUGGGCGUAGUCAUAGAUGUCAUAGAAACGAUAAGUGAUAGCGUUAUUGUAGAAACUUGCCAUAAUAUGGACUUUAAAUAACAUAUUAUAUUUAUAGCAUAGUAACGUAUUCUACAUCACUUUUCCACUGUGAUCCUACCUUAUAUAAACGCUCAAGUUUCCGUGUUGCGACCACUUUAUUUUUGCGUUGUAGGCCCUUACAGCCGUGGUGGUCGUGUGGCAAAACGACAUAACUCCACGUAUGUAAUAUCCUUUUGUGUGUCCAAAAAUUAUCGGAAAUAUAAAAGAUGUAUAUUUUACAAACUGUCUGUUAAAACUUGCUAUAUUAUUAUUAAUAUAAUAAAGACAUGUUAUCGUAAAAUCAUUAAUAACUUUUUAAAUGCGUCCCAUCGAUUUUUGGACGGACAUCAACAGCAAUUUUGUAUAUAAAUAGCGUUUAGUACUAGAUUUUUAGUACUUCCAAUGUGACCUUACUACUCUAUCGACCUAUCCUUUGAAAAUCAUGGCAUUUCCUCGUUACUUGCAUUUCUUGUUGUAGAUAUAAAGAACUGUGAUGUUUCAUUUUAUGCUAUAGUUUAAGUUUGCUUAGAUUUUUUUAAAUGAGUACACUGCCAUAACCGCCUCAAGUUGUGGUUUAAACAAACCAACAUAAAUGAUGUAAGUGCAUAUCCAGGUGCCUAAAACUAUUUACUGACCUAAAACUGCCCUUAAACUAAAACUAAAUAAACUCAACUAAACACUUUAUGAACAGAAACUAAUUUGUAUUUCAUGUUCGAAUCUUAUGAGUAGUUCUAGGCAGUAAAAUACUAGGAAUUUGCUGAAAAUAAUGCUAUAAUGUAGCGUUUUUGGAAAUACAUAAACAAUUUGAAAUAACUGUAAUUAAUAAGAUUUUAAAUCUCAAGUUUUUUAUAAAAAUAUUGCUUCAAGUAGUCUUAAACGUUUUAAAAAAAGAUUUUUACCGAUUUCCUACAGUUUUAAACAAGUAUCGCUUUUCAGUGUUGCUUUGUUUAACCCACAACUAUGUACUGACUUUUAUACGUUUUUAACUAUGGCAACAUUUGCAGCUAAUUUAAGUUUUUUAUGCAGCUUUUUAUAUCAUAGACUUUUAUUUAAAGAAUUCGGAAAAAAUCCAUCCAACCUAUUAUAGACUGACACUACUUGAUGUUGUGCACUUCCUGUAUAUUAAUAGAACUUAGUGUUAAAAAAAACUUACUUAAAAAUAACAAAAAAUAUAUUAUUUCCACGGUGUAGUAGGGUUGAUUUCGUCAAUGCCAUGAGAACUGUUGUUUUGCCGUAUAUUAAGGAAUUGUUUGAGAAUUGAAGCGAGUACAAUACAAUGUAAAAAAAAAAAAAACUUUUUUUCGUGUAUAUUUUGGAUCGACUAAGCAAUAUAUUAGACUGAAGUGUUUAAUAAAUUUCCGGCAAUCCAAUAAGGUAAUUUUAAAGAUAUUAAUUUUAGAAAAGCCGAAAUUUAUGAAAUACUUUUUUUAAUUGGAAAAAAACGGAUAAAAAUGUGGGAAAAUCUUAUUUUUUGUAAUUGGGUAUACUAGUCCAUCUAUUUUUCCCACUAUCUAAAUAUAGUAAUUGUACAUUGUGUCCUGUGUAUUUCUGUUAUAUAUAUUUUUGUUUUGAUUGUAUUUUAACGACGUUGAUAAGUAUAUUAAUGUAAAGUAGGACAAACAAAAUGUGUAAAUAAUUUAAAGUUUAUAUAAAUAAAAAGUGGCUAUUCUGAGAGAAUGACCACAAAUUAA